CUCCCCAUUUCAUCAAUCGAAGAGGCGCGUGUUUGUGCCCGUGUGCGCGCUCUGGUCGUCGGAGGCCAUUUUUGUACUACAAGCUAACGACAUGUCGCGGGUUUAUAUCGGCAGGUUGAGCUACAGGGCGAGAGAAAAGGACGUGGAGAGGUUCUUCAAGGGUUACGGGAAGAUACUCGAAGUCGAUCUGAAAAAUGGAUAUGGGUUUGUUGAAUUUGAUGACCCCCGGGAUGCAGAUGAUGCUGUGUAUGACCUGAAUGGGAAGGAGUUGUGUGGUGAAAGGGUUAUUGUGGAGCACACCAAGGGACCUCGUCGAGAUGGAGGCUAUGGUGGUGGUGGUGGUGGUGGUGGUGGAGGAGGAGGUGGUGGUGGAGGAGGGGGAGGUGGUGGUGGUGGUGGGCGCUGGGGAAGAGACCGAUUUGGUCCACCGAUACGGACUGAUUAUCGGCUCAUUGUUGAGAACCUUUCAAGCCGCUGCAGCUGGCAGGACCUGAAGGAUUACAUGAGGCAGGCAGGCGAGGUGACUUACGCCGACACCCACAAGGGGCGGAAGAAUGAGGGUGUCAUCGAGUUCAGGCUCUAUUCGGAUAUGAAACGGGCUCUGGAGAAACUGGACGGCACCGAGGUGAACGGCCGAAGGAUCCGACUCAUCGAGGACCGACCUGGUGUCAAGCGCAGUCGCCGCUCCUAUUCUCGCAGCCGUAGUCAUUCCAGGUCCCGUUCCAGAAGCCGCAGGUCUCGUAAAAGCCGUAGUCGCAGUGGAAGCAGCAAUCGCUCCCAGUCGAGAGCAGCUUCCCGCUCCCAUAGCCGCUCCCGCAGCAAAAAGACUAAGGGAAAGAGCAAAAAGGACGAAGAAGAGUGCAGUAACAGUGCUCAGAAGAACAAAGACCGCAGUCGGAGUCACAGCCCCAAGAGCAAGAAGAGCAAGAAAGAAGGGAAGAAGAGUAAGAAAGAGAGUUCCAGGUCCAGGUCUCGCUCCAGGUCUCGCUCCAGGUCAGGAAUUAAGGAGCGUUCUAAGAGCCGCGAGCAGCCUAAGAGUGAUGAGGAGGAAGAAGAAUGUGAGCCUGAGAAGGGUUCCCGCUCCCGCUCUGCUACACCCGAUGAAUUCAGAGCCAGAUCGAAGUCCAAGUCGAAGUCCAAAUCCCGUUCUCCCACUCCUGUCAAAGAGCAGUCUCGCUCCAGAUCUGCCUCCCGCUCUGAAUCUCGCUCUAAAUCCCGCUCUCCAUCUCGCUCUCGUUCCCGCUCCUAGUUAUGAAGCGGGAGCAUUUUUACGAACCCCUCCUCAAUGUGAUCCCCAUUGGCACCCCGACUACAAGGUUCCUGCUUCUUGUUUUUGAUAAAUAGCUGUAGAAUACAGGCACUCGUGCUUCCUGUCUUUCGUGCAUAUGCUUCUGCAUUCGACAUACUUUCAGUAGAUUGGUCUUUUAUGAAGUUCUUUGUAAAAUAACAGGGUGCGGUUUGUUUUCUAAGUUUAAAUGAUGCUGUGGUUUAUGUGGUGUUUUUUUUUUUUCUUCUUUCUUUCUUAGUAAAACAUACUCAUGUCAGGUGGGAAUGUGCUCUAAUGUCACCUCUUGUGAAAUCCUUGUACCAUUUUAUUUCAGAUUAAAAAUGCCUGAUCUGGA